AUGCCCCCCAUUCGGCCGAAGCCUGCCGAAGGCGGCUGGUGGGCCGUUGUGCAAGACCUCAAAGAUGGCAACUUCGCUCUCGAGACGAUCUCCUUCGGUUUGUUCAAGGUCAUCACGGGCACCAACAGCAGCCCCCCAUUCCGAAUAAUCCUCUGCGGCUCCAAUUACGAGAUUGCCCGCGCGUGGACGAAAGAGGAGGCCCUGCAGGACUGGGGCUGGGCGCAAGCCAAGUACGAGGAGGAGGUGCACCUGGUGGGUUCCACCAAGUUCUCCGAUCACCACUUCCUGGCCCUCUUCGAAGCACUCUGGCAGCACGACCACCCAGAAGACGCCCCACAAGACACCAAGAAGGAGGCAGUCUUCUGCCCUGAGCUGUUCGAUGCUUUGCAACAGAACAAACGGGCAGUUGCGGCAAAGCUGAUCUCGACCAAGGGACCAGGCAUUCUGCACUCGCCCAAUCGACUGGGCGAGCUUCCGCUCCACUUCUGCGUAUCGCACGGUAACGUGGACCUCACUCGGUUCCUCCUUUCGAAAGGCGCCGAUCUCAACGCAAAGGACAAGACCGGCUGGACGCCACUCCACAUUGCUUGCCAUUCUGGGGACCUCCGCAUGUGCGAGUUCUUGCUGAGGCAAGAGGGCAUCGGCGUGAUGGUCAUUUCCUGCGACAACACGCUUCCGUUGCACUACCUUGUCUCUCACUCCUUCGAAGCUGAGGAGUUGCGAUCGGUCCUGGCUAUGAUGGUGGCCAAUGGUGCUUCAGUGAACUCGCAGACAGCACAGGGGACCACCCCUCUGAUGAGGGCAUCAAUCAAGCGCAACUUGAUUGGCGUCCUCUUUCUGUUGAGCCACGGCGCGGACAUAAACCUCUGCGACAAGACCGGAGAAACGGCUCUGCACUACGCGGUGCGAAGCGGUGACAAAAAGGUCGUGAGCAUGCUAGUCGACCGAGGGAUCAACAUUCACCUAUCGGGCGAUCAAGGAACCGCGCGUGAAGUAGCCAUGCGCAUGAACAGGCACGACCUCGUCAAGAUUAUGGACGUUGGCCUCAUGAUGAACCCAACCGCCAGCGGGUUUGCGUCACCUUCCAUGGCGCCGCGAGUGUCGACCGAAGUCGAGGAUUUAACUGCCAGCACGGGCGACGAUGAAGACGAGGAACAAAGUGACAGCGACGGAGAAGGCAGUCGCGGACGUCGAAAGACCUUGAGCGAGAUCAAUCGUCGAGCGAUAGACGACCUCUCGCAACUGGCGGUUGCCUCAUCUCCCGGGCACCGGGCUCGCUCGCCUUCGGUCGGCUCCUGCAUAGAGGCCUAUGGGCUCGCCAACGCCAAACAACUGCGAGAACCCGUCAUCGAGCCUAAGCUCGAAGAUAGCAACCUGAAGCCGAUUGUAUUCGAGCUCGAUCAACCAGCACACCUGUUCAGGCUCACGCGCUACAGCAAACUGACGUCGUGCGAUUACUGCAAGGGCUACAUCAUUUCUAUCGUGGCCAAGGACAACUACAUGUGCGAUGUAUGCGGUUACGUCGUGCACAAGAAGUGCAGAAAGUUUGCGCUAUUCACGUGCAAGUGCGAGGACAGGCCGGAUCGGGAGUUCUACAACAUCGAGCACCACCCGCCGCACACCAACCCGCUCAACAUGUCGGCGCCCGCCAAGCCGGCCCGGGACGAGCUCAAGAUGGCCUACUCGGUGCAGAUGGACCUCCCGGCCCGCAUCAACGAGAGCCGAAAGCGGGAGUCAGUAUCGGACGAGUACCCCAUCCAUCGUACAAUGCGGCCAACCGCACCGCAGGCCUCGUCGCUCGCGAACCACACGCAGCCCAGUGCGAGCGACCACAUCGGGCGGCGACGCAUGCCGUCGCCCCCGUCCGAAUUCUCGUUCCCACGCAACCACCCGCUACCGAGCCUGCCGCCCGUUGCGAAGUCUGGCAUCGCCGCCAGCAAUUCGAGUUCGCUGAUCACCGCCGCCCUGCAGUCACUGUCGCCGCGGUCUCAGCCGGCGCGCCAGGUGCUGGCGUCUCUGCACGAGGAACUCACGGUGGACAGUGUGAGGCACGACUCGCCCAGAAGUCGGAUCAUCAAGCAGGGCGACGGAGACGGAGACGACAACGAACAACCGGCCGUGACUGCGCAGGACGUGACUACUACAACGACGACAACAGCAACGAUCGUGCAGUCGGCCAGUCCUGGCGCGAACAUGCGACUUCAAGCGUCGGGUAAUUGGAUCAACCGAACACCGCAGGACGACAUCCGACGACGCGAAGCCCGCUUCACGCGCAGACUCACAGAGAUCGGGGUGAGGAUGAGCCUUUCCACCGACGGGAGCAGCAUCGGCAUCGGCAGACGCAAGAAAAAGGCCAAGAAAAAGAAGCCCCUGCGCUUCGCCACCGCGGAGCUGGAGAAGAUCUUCGACCAGUUCAACGAGAUCGACGUUAACCAAGUCGGCAUCAUCAACCAAGCCCAGCUAGGCAUUCUUGGUGUGCUCAUGAGCACGCCGGGCGUGACGGGCCUGCUGUUCAAUGCGUUCGACCCGGAGAAGACGAACCGGGUUGACAUCAAGAUGUACGUCACCGGAAUGGGUGUCAUGAUGAAAGAUGCGUUCAAGAUGAUCGAUGUGGACGGCAACGAGUAUAUCGAUCGGUUUGAGCUUCAGCUCUUGGUCGAUGCCGUCUAUCGAGCCAUGGAGGCUGUGGACAUCAAGCUACCCGACGACUCCAAGACGUUUGCCGAUAAGAUCAUCCUUCUCAUGGCGGACGUCUCCGGCAAGAUAACGCUGCAGCAGUACAAGUCCUGCGUCAGCAAGAACACGCUCUUCUUCCAGAGCCUCGGCCUUAUUUUCGAUACCGAUACGGAGUUCGAGUUCCUGAAGACGCUGUCAAGUCGACCAAAGAAGGAGCUCUCCAUCACUUUCGGUCACAAGGAUUGGAGCAUGGUGCAGAACAUGAUGCUCGGCAUCCGUCGAUCGGUUUCGGAGACGACAGCCCUUCCUGCACGAGAGGUUACCAGCAGGGACAGCGAACUGGCAGUAGAGUACAAGCUAGCGCAUGAACCCGGCACGCCGCCAUGGAUCUUCAAGGACUACUGCCCGAUGGUCUUCCGAAAGAUUCGCGAAACCUUUGACUGCGACGCGCGUCUGUACAUGUUUUGUUUGGGUCCGGAGAAGAUCUUGGGCAACGCCCUGUUCCUGGGCAACCUGUGCGCGUUGUGCGAGGUGGUGUCCACGGCGCGCAGUGGCUCGUUCUUUUUCAAGUCCAACGACGGUCGGUUCUUCAUCAAGACCCUUCCGCCGGACGAGUUCCUCUUCCUCCAGCGAAUCCUCCCCAGCUAUUACGAGUAUAUCGCCAGCAAUCCGAACACCCUGUUGACUCGGUUCUAUGGCAUGUAUUCCAUGCGCCAGGGCAAAAACUCGGAGAUCAAUUUUGUGGUGAUGGAGAACGUGUUCCAUCCCGAGGUGCCGAUCGACGAGCAGUAUGACCUCAAGGGAUCGACGAUCGACCGAUUGGUGGCGGUGGAAGAGGGCAAGUUCAACCCCUCAAUCGCGCUCAAGGACAUGAAUUUCAAGCGGCAGCUCAAGAUCGGAGGGUCGUUGAAGGCGCUGCUGAUGGAACAGGUGGAGAAGGACACACGGUGGAUGGCCAAUCUGAACAUAUGCGAUUACAGUUUUCUGGUGGGAAUCCACUCGCUGGCGAGCGACGACUCAAUGGUCGUCCAGUCUCCCGCCACGCGACGGAAACUCAACACGGAUCCAUCGGCGUUCAAAAGCUUCAUGGGCGGCGUGCUGUCGGCGGACGGGGAGGAGAUCUACUACAUCGCCAUCAUCGACAUACUCACCCAAUACGUCUUCAAGAAGAAGGGCGAGCGCUUGCUCAAGUCUUUCAUCCACGAUGCCGAUCAAAUAUCGGCGAUGCCUCCCAAACCCUACCAGCUGCGCUUCCAAAAGUAUGUAAAUAGCAUCGUCGCCUGA